CUCCCAGGCUAGCUAUUAUCCUCCCAUGUUUGUUUGUUUGUUUUUCUUUGCUUAUUAACAUAGUUAAUAACAACCUCUUUUUCUUUUUAAAAGUUAUAGAGGUGUUUAACGUGGUUGUUGACCAUAACCUUUGUUACAGUCAUGUCCAGAGUUUUCUCAGUUUCUGAAGUCAUAAACCAAAAGCCUGUAUGAUUAUUGUGGUCUAUAUUGAUCAACCCCAUUCUUGAUAGUCAUGUCCUAAAUCACUCACAUCUCAUCUUUAUAUUUAAACCAAAAAUCUACUUUUUCUCUAUUUUAUUUUUAACUAUCAACUUUUUAAAAUAUAUCCUAUACGCUAUUUCCUCUUCUCAAUUUUUUUUUUUUUUUUAAAGUUGUUCUAUUAAAUAUUCAUUAUUAGUUUUUUUGCCUUUUUUUCCUCAAAACAAAAGCAUCAACUUUUACCCUAUUCUUUGGCAAGUUUGGGCCGUUUGGCCACCCAACACCCAUAUCGGCCGACAACAAUGACUACCGACGACCGAAGUCAACCAUUGCUUUGGCAAGAAAAGAGAGAAAGAGAAAGAGACCUUGGGUUUUGGUAUAGAAAGGGAGGAAGAAAAUACAAAUUAUUAUUUAAAAAAUGGUUGAAAGGUACUAGGGUAAUGAGUCAUCAUGACCAUUUUUUAUAAUGACUAAUGAGUAAUGACUAUUUGAAUCUAUCUAUUACAUUCCAUUAUUACUAAGGGUGCGUUUGAUUCGGCUUCAAACGAAUUCAGGAAAUCGUUUUCUGGAAAAUAGGGCGUUUGGCUCUGGAGGAAAAUAUUAUUUUCCGGAAAUCGUUUUCCUGUUGACCAGAAUUUGAAGCCUUGACCACGGAAAUGAAAUUCUGCCCUCAUUUUCACUUCAUUUCAUUUCCGUGGCUUGCAAAACGCAGAGAGAGAGAGAGAAAACACAGAGAACAGCAAACAUAAGCGAGAGAGAAAGAAAAAAAAAAAAAAAAAAAUCGAACGAGAGAGAGAGAUCGUGCGGAAUAGAUCGACGCCGUCUAACGAGAUCGACGCCGUCUAACGAGAUCGAAGCGCGGAAUAGCUCGACGCCAACGAUCGAGAUCGACGCCAACGAAGUCGAUCGAAGCCAACGAGAAGUGCGAGAGCGAGAUCGAAGCCAACGAAGUCCGAUCCGGCCAACGAGCGAAGCUUAUAGCUUCAACGACAGCCAACGAUCCGACCACGCCGAUCGAUCCAGCCACCCAGAGCUCCGAUCCGGCCAACCAAACACAGAAAGCACGAGAACCACCCUUCACGCCGAGCUCCGAUCUACCUCACACCGGUCACGCCGAGCUCUGCCAGACGACCACCGCGCCAAACGCCGCAGACCCACGAUGAAGAAAAAAACCAAAGCCGCAAUUCUUGCAUCAGUUGCAUCUGUCCUCCUUGUGGGGGUUGCAUUGUUAAAGAAAUUACGACGUAGACGUAGAGAUCUGCCUAGGGCGCCUUAUGUUAACCAUGCCGCCGAGAGAGAGGAAUACAUAAAUAGUGUUUUGCAUGGAAGUGAGAGACAUUGUGUGAAUCAACUUAGGAUGAAGCCUAUAGCUUUCCACCACUUAUGUCACGCCCUCACCGAGGGGGAGCACGUACGUCCGACUGUUCACAUGUCUGUUACGGAGCAAGUGUUCAUUUUCUUGCACAUUAUUGGUCAUAAUGUGAGGUUUCGUGUAAUGGGUGGUCGGAUCUAUAGAUCAACUGAGACUGUUCAUAGAUACUUCAAAGUUGUCCUUAGGGGGGUCCUGAAAUUAUAUAGAGCUCUAAUAAGACUGCGUAGCGAAGAUACACCUCCAGAGAUAAGGAAUAGCAGAAGGUUUUACCCAUAUUUUAAGGAUUGUGUUGGAGCAAUAGAUGGUACACAUAUUCGUGCAUCUGUGCCACCUGAAAUACAAGGAAGAUUUCGUGGUCGCAAAGAUGGAACCACGCAAAAUGUGUUAGCUGCCAUUAGUUUCGACUUAAAGUUCACUUAUGUGUUGGCUGGAUGGGAAGGCAGUGCACAUGAUUCACGUGUAUUAAAUGAUGCAUUUGCUAGGCCAGGGGGAUUUUCAAUUCCCAAUGGUAAAUUUUAUCUUGGUGAUGCUGGAUAUGGUAAUAAAAAUGGAAUAUUGUCACCAUAUCGGAGUGUACGAUAUCACUUGAAAGAGUUUAGUGAUCGUCCUCCUGAGAAUGCGCAAGAAUUGUUCAAUCUCCGACACUCUUCAUUGAGAACUACCAUUGAGCGAGGGUUUGGAGUGGUGAAAAAACGUUUUCGAGUGUUGGAUGCAGAACCAUAUUGGUCUUUCCCAACCCAAGUGAAAGUAGUGUUAGCGUGUUGUGUGGUUCAUAAUCACAUUAUGGGGGUUGAACCAAAUGACCAUAUUAUGGAAGAUGCAAUGAACCAAGUAGAGCUUAGUGACCACCAAGAAGAAACACAGUCUCGUCGGGAGUCCGUCGAAGAUAGUAGAUCAUGGAAUGCUAAGAGAGAUGAGAUAUGUCAAGCCAUGUGGUCUGAUUAUAUCAGGAGUGGAGAGUAGUACUUUAUUUAGAUUUUUAUGAUUGUAAUGUGUUUUUUCUUUUUGUUUUUUUUUAAAGACAAUGUAUGUAAUAUAGACUUUUGGUGAUGUAAUGAAAAAGUAUUUUUAGCAUUA